CGAAAGGCUUGUGUCCAUUUGUGGAGGGAGGCACUUCUCUGCUGGCCUCCGGUGUUUGUAUGGCCCGCGGUGGCCAGGCGACGAAGGAAGCAGUCGCGUCGCCUUGCGUCACUUCGCUACGCCCAGCCUCACUUCGAACACGAGUUCACGGUUCCCGACCAGAUUUCGGCCGAGACUGAGUCGUGUCUGAUUGUGUCGAGGCUAUCCGGCCACUUUCGUCCUCUCCGCCUUCCAGACGGGCAAGCAGGCGUGCUUUGA